CUGGAGCCACUGUGACAGCUUGAUGUGACUUAGAGAAUGGUUAUGCUGCUUGGCAAUGCAGCUGUCAUCUGUUUCCUGAUGAGAAUACAGCUUGGUGAUUAGUGAAGUGGCUGUCAGAGGGGGCCAUGUGUCAGUCUGAGGUGCCAGAGGCCAGCCUUGGCUUGAACAGUCCUGACCCACUGGUGAGAGAGGCUUUCCUGAUGGCUCAUGACUACAUAGACUAUGUAACCACAGGGGGGGCAGAUGGCACCAUGGGUCCUGCCCCUACAGCCUGCACUGCAGCUCUGCGCCACGCUGGAGACGAGCUCCUCACCCGCUUCCCCAUCUUCUUCAGGCGCUGGCCUCGCGUUUUCCAGGAUGUGACGGAGAACACGGCCUGCCCCAUGCUAAUGAACCUCCUGGAUGAGCACUUCUUCCCUCCGGUCACAGGGGGGCGGCGUAGGGACCUGGCUUGGAGUGCCGUGCUAUCGGUGUACGUUCUGGCUGGCCAGAUGGCCCUGCACUGCCACGAGAGGGGCAUGGAGGAGGUCCUGCCCCGGCUGAAGGAGUGCGUGGGGGCGUAUGUGGAGAGGGUCAUCUGCCCUGAGAUACAAAACAAGGGAGGAUGGGAUGGUUUUGUGUCACGCUUUGGAGAGAAACAGGACUUGGAGGGCCAGGUGAAGAAAGUGUGCUGUUGGACAUUGGUGGCUUUGGCCAUAAGCAUCCUCACCUACUUCAUAUGGAAAAGAAUGGCUUAGUCAAGACUGCCACCUAGUGACCAGAACCAGAAACUCUGCCAAAGAGCUACUUAAAUACUGAAGUGUCUGACCUGUAUAAACAAAUAUAAUAUGUAAACCAAUAAAUCAGUGAGUAACCCAUA